AUUCGGAUGAUCAAGGCGUUGACGACUGCAUGUCGUAUCGCGCUUUAGCUGUGAGCAACGAUGGCAGGAGGAGGGUAUCGCGGAUUUGGUCGAGACCAAGACCGAGAUCGAUACCAGGACAUAAGACGAGAUUACGGAUCGGAGGAGAAACGUGAGAGGACUAGGGAGGUGCGUGGUGAUCGGCAGAGGGAGUACGAUCGUGGACCCUACUACGAAUGGAGCCAAGACUACAGAGAGCAGCCUAGGAGAUCAGCCCCAGUGUGUUUCGAAUGUGGGGAACCUGGGCACUACCGAAACCAAUGCCCAAGGCUGGUCGGGGAAGGCAGUUCGAGGGUGGGGAUGAUACGAGGGCGAUCAUUGUCUCCCAAUCGCCAGCCUCCGGCCCAUGGGAAGAGGUCGAUGUCGGAAGAUCUUGUGGCGAAGCAGCAAUUGGUGGAUUUGGCAAGCUCGAUAGCAAGUAUGAGGGAGAUAUUCGACAGGGAGCAGGAAAAGAAGAAUGAAAAGGCAAGGCGAAAGCAAGAGAAAAAGGAGAAGGAGGAACGGGAAAAGGAGGAGCGUCUAGCUGCGAAACGCCGCGAGGAAAAGGAGGAAAAGUUACGAAGGGAGGAGAAAGAACGUGAGAGAUUUCCUAAGGAGAUGCGUAUCAUGAUGCAGAUCUCGAUGGACUUAGGUGGUCUUAGGGAACAUCUACAACGCAAGAUCGAUCGAGUGAUUGCGCUUGCAAAGGGAAAAGGAAAGGCGGAGGCGACUCACUCAGAUGCCGAUUCAUACGAAUCGGGGAGCAGCGAUGUUGAAGCGCUGAGUAACCAAGCGGAGAGGCUGGUGAUGAGCGAAAAACGGAAGCGCGGACAGGAGACAGUGGUGGGUGAUAGCCCACCCAUGAAAACCCCUACGAAACGAUCUGCAAAGCAGGGGACGCCAGACCCACUACGACGCACCAAGCGUCUCCAACUGAGCUGCCGCCGCCCGCCGAUGAAGAAGACUCCCUCGAAGAUGACCCCACAACGCAGCGUGGGGAUGAACAAGAUCCCAGCAUCGGUCGGACCGAUGGGGAAACUGAAGUUCGUAACCGAGAAUCUGAAGGUACUGGGAAACAUGACGAUGGACCAGUUGAAGGAGGUUUGCCGACUGGAAGACGUCCAAUUUGAGACUAAGAAGAUGGAGACCAUCCUCGCUAUUGCCGACAAGCGUGCGCAGAUAGCUUACGGCUCAGACCAGGAGGAUGUGGAGGAACACGAGGUGGGGCAUGAGGACCCAGCCGCUGAAGAAGUUGCCGAGCCGGAAGAAAACGAAGGAGAUGAAUACUGGAGCAGCUUUACAUAUGUAGAUGGAGCCCAAUGCUUAAUACUACGGGGAAAGCCAAGAAAUGCAGGCAUCGGAAUUGCCGUGUCAGGAGAUCAGGAAACGGGAGGACUUCGAGCGUUCCGCUUGCUCACCCAAGGAGGGAACAACUGGUGUGGAGGCUGGAAGUCAAUCAAGUCAGCCUUUGGUAACUCUGUUGUGAAGGUGGAUGGGCAGCGGAGGAGACUUCACAACUGCAAGCGGCUACUGGAGCAAGGUACUGAUUUGGAGAUUUGUCAACUAAGAAGGUGGAAGCCAAAAAUAGGACCCGACAAGAAGUUUUUCGUCACAAUUUUGCGGAACCCAGGUGAUUUGGCGAAGCUGCCCCAAUGUAACUUGGAGGCACUGGUACGCUUGAUGGAUGCGGCAAAGGACUUUCAGCGGGCAUCGACUACAGCUUAUCUACGCAGGCACAUAGCGCGAGCUAUUAAGACGAGGUACUGGUGGAGCAUUAACUCCAGGAUCAUAGUCCGACUGAGGUACGACGAUCGAAUCAAAGUAGUACAGGAAAAAGGAGGAGGAGAGAGGAAGAUGAAAGGAGGAAGAGAAGGAGGAGGAGGAGAGAAGGAGACUAAAGGAGGAGGAGGAGGAGAGAAGAAGAUGACAGGAGAAGAAGACGAACGGAGGAGGAGGACGAGAAGACGAGAGGAGGAAGAGGAGGAGGAGAAGAAGACAGAGGAGGAGGAGGAGGAGGACCUGUCGGCAGUGUAUGGCGAUGGAGAAAAAAAAAGAGGACGAUGGAGGACGUGGAGGAGGAGGAGAGAAGGAAAACACGAAAGCGGAGGAGUAGGAGGAGGAGAGAAGAAAAAGAGGAGAGGAGGAGGAGAAGGAGAGAAGGACAAGACGAAAGGAGGAGGAAAGAAGACAAAGAAGAGAAGAGGAGGAGGGGGAGGAGGACCUGCCGGAUUUCGAUGGUGAUGACAAAAAAAAAAAAAAAAAAAAAAAAAGAGGAUAACGAAGGAGGAGGAGGAGAAGAGAAGAAGACGAAAGGAGGAGGAAGAAGACGAAAGGAGGAGGGGAAGAAGAAGAAGAAGAGGAAGCAGGUGAAGGCGGCUUCACCCCGAUGGCGCUAGCAGCUUCA